AUCUUGUCCAUUAUUCGAGUCAACCUAUCAUUGAAGUUAAAACAAAUAAUAAUAAUAAAAAAACUAGAACAGAGCUUAAUCAGGGGGCCUUAUACCCUCCUUGUACACCAGAGACCUUCCUAUAUAACUAGCUGUGAAGACAAGCAAUUUGAGAAACGAUCACUUCAUCUGUAGUUGUAGGCUGUAGCUACUAUCUGGUUCCAUCCAUUCUGUGACUGUGAUCACCAUGGAGUCCGCGCUGGUGUCGUUCGCGCUGAAACUGGGCGGCAAGAUCAUGGGCAUGGCCACGGGUAAGGUGGAGAAACUCCUUGGCGUGCCCGGCGAGAUCACCAAGCUUGAGACGACGCUGGGUGACCUCCGUUGCUACCUGGUCGACGCCGACAAUCGGCGCAGCCUCGAAGAGGCCGUCAAGCGGUGGGUGAGAGAGCUCAAGGAUGUCAUGUACGACGCCGAUGACAUCCUAGACCUCUGCCAGCUCGUCGAGGAUGAGGGAUACGACGACGCAAGAACCAAUCCAAGUUGCUGGAACGCAUCCAAGUUCUGGUUCUGCAACCCCGUUGCCUCGCAUAAGAUCGGGAGGAAGAUCCAGGCACUCAACCGGAGGCUGGAUGACCUGUCAAGACGGCGCUCCCGCCUCAAGUUCCUCCCCUCAGUAUGUUCUGCUGCUGGUGCCGGUUCUUCGCUCGACGACAGAUGCAGAACUGGACCAUCUGUCGAACAAACCUUCAUCGUUGGGGAGAAGAUUGAACAAGAUGCAAGGAGCCUCGUCAAUCUGCUGGUGAACAGGGUGGAUGAUGAUCAUGAUCCUGCAAGAUCAAGCAACGGCAAUGUUAUUGUUGUUGCUAUUACUGGCGUUGGUGGGAUCGGCAAGACCACCCUUGCUACCAUGGUUUUCAAUGACAGCGAGUUGGAGAACCACUUUAAAGAGAAGAUCUGGUUGAGUGUUAACCAGGACGUCAAUGAGAUUGACCUUCUGAAGCAUGCUAUAGAACAAUUUGGGGGAAAUCACGAACAUUGCAGAGCAGACACAGUCUUGCUCGAGAAUGCACUGGAGCGUGCAGUGAGGAAAAAGAGGUUCCUGCUAGUGAUGGAUGAUGUGUGGAGCGAUAACGUGUGGAACAAUUUUCUUAGAGUACCUUUGAGUAGUGGUGCUUCAGGGAGCCGAGUCUUGCUGACCACAAGAAACGAGGGAGUCGCACGUGGGAUGAGAGCACAGCAUCUCCAUCCAGUUGAGAAGCUUGAUAGAUUUGAUGGUUGGUCAUUGCUAAAGAACCAGGCAUUUUGGGUUACAACAGAUGAAUCUGAGAUUUGUGCACUAGAGGAUAUCGGUAUGAAGAUUGUAGACAGAUGUGAUGGUUUGCCACUUGCUAUUAAGGUGAUUGGAGGACUACUGAGACAGAGAAACAACACAAGAAAUUCUUGGUUGCGUAUCUAUAACCACAGUGCAUGGUCCGUGAACACAACUGACUAUCUUAACAGAGCAAUCAUCCUAAGCUAUGAAGAAUUACCUCCCCAUUUGAAACAAUGUUUUUUGUACUGUUCACUUUUCCCUAAAGAUGAAGUAAUCAGACGUGGAGAUAUAGUCCAGAUGUGGAUGGCAGAAGGUUUUGUUCAAGACGAAGUGAGUAAUUCCUUCCUACUAGAAGAUUUGGGAUUUGAAUACUUCAAUGAAUUGGCAUCAAGGAACCUUUUAGAACAAAAGAGGGAAUUCUAUGAUCAUUCAGCAUGUACCAUGCAUGAUAUAGUCCGCUACUUUGCACAGUCUGUAGGAAAGGAAGAAGGUAUAUUACUUACUGAGGGACAAAAUACAAGUAUACCUACAAUUCGUACACUGAGGUUACGGCAGUUAUCUGUAUCAAAGAAAGAUGUAAAUUGGGGUGCUUUGAAACAACAAGUCUCAUUACGAGCAUUGAUGUUAAACAAGAUCUCCAUGGUUGACAGCAAUGAUUUCCUGAAUAGUCUUUCUUCUCUACGAGUACUAAAUCUCCAAAAUAUUGUCAACCUUGUUGAACUGCCACAAUCCAUAUGCCACCUCAAACAUUUAAGAUAUUUGGCAGUUGCAGGUACAAGCAUAUCUACAAUCCAUAGCAACAUUGGAGAUCUAAAAUUUCUACAGGUCAUUGACCUUGUAGAUUGUACAAAUAUUACUCAACUUCCGCAGAGCAUCUUAAAGCUACAGAAGCUAAGGUUUCUCAACCUUAGACGCACCAGGAUAACCUCAAUUCCUCAUGGUUUUGGAAGGCUAAAAGAUUUGGUCUUCAUGGCAGGGUUUCCAACCCAUUCAUCAGAUGAUAGGACAGAUGGUUGGUGCAGCUUGGAAGAACUUGGGACACUGUCAAAAUUAAAAAUACUUGAAAUAACAGGUUUGGAGAAGGCACCUUCAGGUUCUUCGGCUGCAAAAGCAAAUCUCAGUAGUAAACCAAACCUAACAGAGCUAUAUUUGAUGUGUGCCAGUAUGCUCGGGACAGACAAUGGAGAUGUCCAAUGCAACAUCAGCGCAGAGGAGCAAGAUCGAAUCGAGAAGGUGUUGAGUAAUCUCUGUCCUCCACAAUCCACAGAACUACUUACAAUUGGAGGUUACUUUGGAGUUGAACUACCCAAGUGGAUGCAAAUGAUGUCAGCUUUUACAAACUUAACACGCUUGGAACUAAAGGAUUAUGCAUGCUGCAACCGGCUUCCUAAUGGUAUGGGCCAGCUUCCCUUUCUUGAUCAUCUUUGGAUCGAGCGUGCUCCGGCCAUCAAGCAUAUUGGACGUGAGCUCCUAUUCCCCUCUUCAUAUGGCAGCAGUGUUGCAUUUCCCAAGCUGAAGACUAUGGGUUUCAAAUGGAUGCCGAGAUGGGAAAUGUGGGAUUGGGAGGAACAAGUCAGAGCAAUGCCUGUUCUAGAGGGUCUUUCCAUUUCAUAUUGUGAAUUGAAGUAUAUACCUCCUGGGCUACCAUGCCAAGCAAGAGCACUGAAAAGCUUGUACCUAGAAAGUGUAAGACAAUUGGUCUCCAUAGAAAACUUCCCUUCCCUUGUUAAUCUUCAGCUGAUUGAAAACCCAAAACUAGAGAGAGUCACCAAUAACCCAAGCUUGAAAAAUAUUUACAUCUGGGAGUGCCCAGCGCUAAAGGUGCUGGAAGAAUUGCCAUUACUGAAUAGCAUAUACUGGUGGGAUUUGAAAGCAGAAAAACUCCCAGAAUGCUUUGGAGUACCAAUGUUAAAGAAGCUAUUUGUACAUUGCAACAGAAGAUUGUUCGGACUGAUAUCCUUACAAGAUACCACCUCUGAGUGGGGAAAGAUACAGCAUGUCUCGCAACUAAAGGCAUAUGGAUGCACUUUACGGAUAGAUUUAUCUGGAUACACUCUACCAACAGGGUUAUCUGGAUAUAAUUUUCUAAGAGAAGUAAUAGAUUUAUUCGGAUAUGUCUCCUACACUAAGGAACCCUACUCCUUUGAGACAAGGACCUAUGAGACCUCAGAGCAAGCCCAAAGUCAAACAACUUGCCCACAACGUGAAGGAGAAGAGGAUGUGGCCAUGGAGUAGAGAAGAAAAACGCGACGAAUGCAAAGAGUGCUUUCCAGAGGAAACAGAAUGCUACAGCAGGAUCAUUCAGAUUCCUAGAAGGCUAGAAUGUAUAUAUGUUAGUCAGCUUGUGAAUUCAUUGUUGAUGUGCCUAACUACAUUAAUUUUACAACUUCCGAAGAUCUGUAAAUAUGACAUUCUUUGACAAGAAGCGCUUAGUAUCCCAUAUCUUUAUCUUUACCUCCUUAUAAAAUUCGUAGUGUUUCUGUCGUCCCACCUGACAACAUACCGCAUACCACACGAAGCAUAGCGAUGUCUCUCUCCCACACGACGCCAACUGUGCCAGAGUCCGA